GUUUCUAGCCCGGUAUCCGAAAUUGCAGUAGACGACUUGACCAGUCCCCGGCAAGGACUUGGACGUCCGUGAGCCGUAGCUGCCCCUAACCCCACUACCACAACAACAACAGAGGCCCUUGUUUAUUAAAGAGGAACUUUGGUGUUGUACAAAGAACAUUCUCCUCUCAACCAAGAAGACAUCGAUAACUUCCAACCUCUGCCAAAUCAUGAACAUUGAUGUGCUACUGUGAGUGCCGCAUCUAUCAACAUCACCACUCGUGCAGUCAUCGGUGGAAAACCUUCAUGCAAAUUGCAUGUAUCGCGAAGAAGAAGAAACAUGACAACAGGAUGAACCUCAUAUUAAAAGAUGGCGUCCCUGCACGAGUUUUGUGAUAGUUCGAGCAUUGAUAAAACUCUUGGAUGGUAUAAAUUUUGGCUGUUACCAAGAGUAUGCUGAAGUAAUAGAAUAAUGCUGUUUUGAAAUGCUAAAUGUCCCAGUGGAGAAGUGUUAAAUAUUGCUGUACAGUACAGUAUUGAAGUUGUAAACAGUAUUUUCCUGCAGUAUUUUUAAUCAUUUUUUUUUCACUGAUCACUUCUGUAUUUUGCUGCAAAAUAGACUAAUAGUACUGUGAGAAAAUAUUGAGGCCAUAUGAUGGAAUCGAAUCUGCAUCCCUUCUCUUCUCUGUUAACCCUUAUUUUGUGUUGUGAAAUUGAACCCUUAUUUUGUGUUGUGAAAUUGAGAUGUGAGAAUUUGUGUAUUCUCCAGAGUCAACUAGAGUGAACUGUGAACUUGUACAGCCCAGUGUUCACAGUCCUAAUUCUUAGGAGGCCAAAACUUAUCACCAAACCUGCAUACUGUAUUCAUUAUUCAUGGCAGGUUUACCAUAUUUUCCUGCAUUUGACCCAAAUGCUGGUCAUACCAAUGCUUUUCAUAGGUGGGUCAAAUGGCUGAAAAGAUUUGAAAAUAUGCUGAAGGUUUUAGACAUAGAGGAAUCUGAACAAAAAUGUGCCUUUUUAUUUCACUAUGUGGGGGAGCAGGUAUGUAACAUAUUUGACUCGCUAGAGGGCACUGGUGAUGAAAAAGAUUAUGAUACUGCCAAAGCUAAAUUGACUGAGUAUUUCAGACCUAGACAAAAUACUGUUAUGGAAAUAAUGCAGUUCAGGCAAGCCAAGCAGCAUCCAAAUGAGACCAUAAACCAAUACCAUGCACGUCUACAGACUCUGUCAACAUACUGUGGGUUCAGCAACAAAGAUGAAGAAAUUAAACAACAAAUAAUUGAGACAUGCACAUCGUUGGUUCUACGCCAACGUGCCUUGGAACUCGCUGAUGAGGAAAGUACUUUAGCCAAGGUACUGGACAUUGCUCGUAUCAUAGAGAUUUGUGGUGACAAUACAUCUAAUGAUGUAAAUCAGGGUCGUGGGGCUAUAGCCAAAAUUGAAAGGAGCCAAGGAACUCCGUCAAAACGAAAACAACAACCUACACUAGGGUACAACAGCAGGAAAUGUCACAAUUGUGGAGGUUGUUAUCCACACCAUGGUGGUGUAACUGCCUGUCCUGCUUAUGGUAGGAAAUGCCGUGAAUGUGGAAAAGUGGGACAUUAUGGCAUUGUGUGUAAUUUGGCAGUGAAGAAAUCACUGGCAACUAUCAACAGUGCUGCAAAGUUCAAGUAACUGGAGGUGAGGUGGCAAACCAUUAUAAUGUACCUUAGUCCAAGAACAUUUCCAAUGUACAAAACCACUUCUGACAAAUGGCUUCCGAUUACAAUGAAAGUGAUUACUUAUGGAGGCCAGCCCAAUGAGGAGUGAUUGCACUCAUAAGCCUGAAAUUGUGUACAUUCCAUCUGUAUUAGGUCUAGUUUGAACAUUAGUAGGUACCAUUAAUGCAUUUCAACACUAGAUUUUCAGAGCUAGAGAACAAGGAUGGCAUCACUAGCAAGUAUGUCUUUAUAGCAGCAUGGCUGAUGCUGGGAACAUUCACAACAAAAAUUAGGUCAUAGGGUGCAAUCUUUUUAGUACAAUUUAUAUCAAGUUUACUAAGGUGCUAAUGUUCAGCUUCAGUCAGGUCAACCUAAAGUUAAUCUAGCUUUCCAAUGUAACCUAGAAGCAACAUGGAUGCCAUUGUCUCCCAAUAUUUCAUGGCAUGCUUCAGCGAUUUUGCAAUAGCCUAUUGUCUUUUAAUAAACAUCAAACUUCACAAAGUGGAAAAUUAGAGGAAGUGUAAGUUACUGCCAGACUUGCAAUGUUCUUUACAAAUUUGCCACAAAUGCAUUAUAAAUUUUAAAGUACAUAAUAAUAAGAUGCACAUUUACUGAAGAAAAGGCUAAUGAAACUUUAUCAUUUAGCUCAUGACACACCCAGUCAAGGAAUCAACAUGAGUUUCACAUCUAGGUGGACUUUAAGCAAGUAAUAAUGACCACAAGAAAAGUUCACACCAUGGCUUAGUUAAGUUCACUAUAUAAAUCCAUCAACUUUUUGUAUCUCACCUUGUAUGUAUGUACUUUACCUGAAUAAAUAUUUGUAUUUGUAAGUGAUAUACUUAGCUGUUUUUGGCAUCUACACUUCAGUGGAACAAAAAUAUGGAGAAAUGUGUGGAAACCAGUCGAAGAAUGCUCUUCGUAUGUAUGUAUAUACAGUAUAUUAUAUAUGUAUAUUAUACAGUGCAGUAUAUGUAUAUUAUAUAUAUAACAGAAGUCUCCUCACCUCUGAAGGAUUCGAACCCAGGCAACCAGGGCUCCAUGCACCUUGGGGUGUCCAGUACUUUAACCACUAGGCCACACUGACUGUUCAAAAGAAUUAGAAGUCGUCUGACCUUUAACCCGAUUCCUGACAGCUCUUGUUGACCAUUUUGGGCACAGAUAUUUCAUCAAAUCACUUACACAUGCUGGGGACAUGUGAUUUUAUAUAUACAGUGGCACCUCGACAUACGAUUGCCCCUACUUACGAUAAUUUCGAGUUAUGAUGUUAAUUUCAUUGAAAAAUGCGACUCGAAAUCUGAUGGUGUCAUCGACUUCCGAUAUUUGUUG